AAAUCUGUUAAAUCAUGGCGUAUCAAUAUCCCAACAACAUUUGAUUGAAACUGUUGAGGCCGUAGAUCUAACUAGCUCUGGAUCGAGCUUAUUAAAUAACGAUAAACGACGAAUGGAAAAGUUAAUUUCUGAAAAUUCAAUUGAUCCUAAAUUUAUUUCAAUAAGCCAUGACGAAACAACACCCCAGCAGAAUUUAAAAGUAAUUCACGAUAUUGAACACUCAAUGAAUUGCGAAUCUAGUUUAAUAAACCACGAUGAAUUAAAAUUUCAACAGUAUUCCGAUGAAAAGGUCGAGAUUGAAGACUCAAAUAGUUCAUUAAAACAUGAUGAAUUAAAAUACGAUAAACAUUUAAAUGAAAUUAAUGAGGCUGAAGAUUUGACUAGAUCUAGACCUAAUUUAAUAAAUCACGAUGAAUUAAAAUACCAUCAAACUGAUAAUGAAAUAAGUGAGGUUGACGAUUCGUCUAGUUCUGGACCUGGUUCCAUAAAUCAAAACGAAUUUAAAUGUUCACAGAAUUCAACUGCAAUUUACGAAUCUGAUGAUUUAAAAUGUUCUGGAUCUUGUUCAAUAAAUCAAGACGAAUUAGAAUUUCAACAAAACGCAAAUGAAAUUUACGAGUCUGAAGAUUUGACUAGAUCUAGACCUAAUUUAAUAAACCAAAGUGAAUUAAAAUAUUAUAAAAAAGUUAGUGAAAAUGAAGAUAUGAUUAGUUCAAUAAAUCAAGACGAAUUAGAACUUCAACAGAAUUCAAAUUCAAUGUACGAAUCUGAUGAUUUGAAUAGUUCUGGAUCUUGUUCAAUAAAUCAAGACGAUUUAGAAUGUCAACCUAAUUCAAAAGAAACUGAUAAGGCUGAAGAUUUGACUAGAUCUAUACCUAAUUUAAUAAACCAAGAUGAAUUAAAAUACCAUCAAAAUGUUAAUGAAAUUAGUGAGGUUGACGAUUCGAUUAGUUCUGGACCGGGUUCAAUAAAUCAAAACGAAUUAAAAUGUCCACAGAAUUCAACUGCAAUUUACGAAUCUGAUGAUUUGAAAUGUUCUGGAUCUUGUUCAAUAAAUCAAUACGAAUUUCAACAGAAUUCAAAUGAAACUGAUAAGGCCAAAGAUUUUACUAGAUCUAGUGCUAGUUCAAUUAACCAAGGUGAAUUAAAAUACCAUCGGAAUUUAAAUGAAAUUAAUGACAUUAAAUAUUCAAUUAGUUUUGGACCUAGUUCAAUAAAUCAAGAUGAAUCAGAACUUCAACAGAAUUCAAAUGAAACUGAUAAAGCCAAAGAUUUUACUACAUUUGUACCUAGUUUAACAAAUCAAGGUAAAAUAAAAUUUAAGAAUAAUUCAAGUGAGAUUAACGAAGCAGUAGAUUUGACUGUAUCAAGACCUAAUUUAUUAAACUGCUUAAGAUAUGAAAGUUGUCCAAAUUUGAAUAAAUCUGUUAAAGAUGAAGAUUCAAUUGAUUCUGUUGGUAGUGUCUUGAAUAGUAAUGAAUUAAUAUGUCAAAAAAUGCAUGUAGAGCCAUACAAUAUAAACAAUUCGGCGGUAUCUGAACACAAUAUUCAUGAAACGAAUCACGAUUCUUGUACGAAGGAAACUGAUUCCAUAAGCGUUGCGGAUGACAUAMAAUUACCAAGAGUUAAGUUUAUAUUGAAAUGUAAAAGUAGAAAUAUGGUAAAAAGAAAUAUAUUUGACGAAGAAUCGACGGUGCCUUACAAAAAAAUGAAAGUUGUAAAKGAUGAAAAGAUUAUGACUCAAYAUAUAUUUAAAAAACGAAACGCUUACUWUAAACAAUAUAAACCAUUGCAAAAAAUAUACAGAAAAGAAUCAAUCGUCGAAUCGAAUGAUGAAAAUCUAAUAAAGUCGACCGAAACGAUGUCUGUCCUACCGACAACUAGUUUUCCAGUUAAUUCUGAACAAGAAGUUUUAAAUCUGGAUGAAGAAAUAAAAAAUCACCACAAAUUCGUUUCUUUUCUUGAUCAGACGUAUGGAAAACGGGAUACUGAAGCUUUAAAUAUCUCUGUCGGCGUCGAAGAUGACGCAAUGGACGGUGGUGACUACAACGGAACCCUCCAAACGCCAAUCCCAUCGCCAUUUUCCGAUUUUCAAUCGGAAGAUGACACACCCGAACAUUGUGGUGGCGAAGUGUAUUGGGAUAAAUCACUGGAGGACGAGUACAAAAGCGUUCUGCACAAAACUAUAUCAAAACUGGUGAAAGUUCGAGCCAACGUCAGAGACAAGUUCAACAGCCGGUUACUUGCUCGCAGGAUGAAUGAAGCGAAACGGAGGCGACGGAAACGGCUAUUGGUGRCCAACAAGGAAGCAGUAGUAAUUGUUGGCCGCAUUGAUGACACUAUCAAACCCGUCAUUGCGGCCGUCAAAGUGUCAACGAACCCGAUGUACAAGAUCAAGGUGCAGUUACCCUGGAGACGAAUAUUUAACAUGAAUGCAGUCCGGAAUAAGACCAAGGAUACAAAAAUCGAGCUGGGUCCAGCUAAAGUAGAAGUGAGACUGAGCCGAACACCAGGUGAAUGGCAGAUUGCGGCUUGCCGAUCUAUGACUUCUCCGAAAUCGAUGUUGGUUGUCCGACGAUUAGUUCUGCAGAGGGCGACCAGUCCGGCGGAAAACGAUAGUAUCGUCGAUGACCAUCAACAUAAUCAACGCCAUGACGACAGCGAUCAUGGUACAAACGAUAACCGUCCGUAUGAAUUCUCCAGGAAAUUACCAAAAAUUGUUAUUCGACGAAACGGUCAGGACAAUAACUAUACCAGCUACGUAAGUAGUUGUGGGUUUGAGAUUGGCGGUUGCGACAAAGAUGUUGGCGGCGACAAAGACUGCGGCGGUGGCGAUGACGAAAACAACGGUGGUAACUGCGUUCCUCAGUUAAUGGUCCGGUUGGUUAGAAACCGAAAGCUUGACGCAAUGGCCGUCGAAGGAGUCACUACUCUACACUUAAAACAUCUUGUUCCUAUAUCCGAAUCUGAGGGGGAAGCAGCAAUGGAGCUGGACAUGCACUGUGCCAAAAGUGUUCAAUAUUCGUAGAUCGUAAUCAACACCACCAUAAAGGUUACUACCACCUUCAGUCAUCAUCACCAGAUACCAGGAAGAGUAAAAAAUAUGCACUUUUUACGUAAACUGGACAGCUUUGAAAUAUUAUGUUACCAAUAAUACAUACCUGCUAUUACAACCUUGAAACCUUUAUCAUGAUUUUUCUCUUUAGUUGUUGUUUUCAAUUUACAUUUUAUA